GGCACGAUGCACUUCGAGUAAACAAGUAUACUGUCACUUCAUCAUUCAAAACCUCCAGUUUCAUACUUCAAUUGUUCAACACACAACCUAGCAAUUAAAAAUAUGUUUUUCGGAAAAAGUACCGGGAAAAAGAAGGCUGGAGAAUCCUCUAGUCAGAAUGAGAUCCCUAAUAUGGCCCAGUGCUUGGCUGCCAAUCGAAGCAAACGCGACAACGAGCACAUAAAUGCAAUGGUGUUUCAAGACGACUACUAUCGGGAUCGUAUGCGAAAUAUGCAGGCCACCUACAAAGUCAAGCUAGACAGUCUUCCCGGUCUAGGUUAUGUUUCACGUAUUAAACUGAUCUGGGACCAUGAUCGUCUCUUGGGGACUUUCGAAAUGGACGUUUUCAAAGGUUCUUUGCUUAUUGAUCCCGGUCCUAGCCAAGAGCACUUUAGGGCAGAUAUCGAAUACUCAAAGUUUCACGAGGCACGAGCAAAAGAUAAAGAAUCGAGUGAAGAGUCUGGAGAUGAUAAGGAUGACGCAGAUGACGGAGAUGAUGAGAUUGCUACUACUCGAGAGUAUCGUUUCAAAUGGCGUGGCAUGAAUUCAAAGAUACCACACAAAACCUUCAACUCAUCCUUUACUGUCGGAAAGAUUCGAUUUGGUAACGGCAAGAUUUGGGGACACUUCGAGGCAAUGUCUGGUGUUGGGUUUCCAAGUGGCCGCUGUGAAUUUCAUGGCAAGAUACCACAUGGUCCUUGUCUUGUGGAUAUGACUAUUCAACAGUUUAUUGAUAAAUGGAAUGGAUAUGCAGAAAUUGAGGAGGAUGAAGAACCACGAUCUCCCACUCCAAGAUCUACAAUGGCAAUGCCACAAAGUGAACGCGAUGGUGCUGAUUCAACACCCUCACCAAAGGGUGAUACAUUACAGGUCGAGGAAUGGACAGAGGACGAUCAAAAGAGUUUUGUCGAGAUGAUUACGGGUAUUUAUGAUAUCACCAGUAAGGAGAUAGAAGAAGAUUGGUCAUCAAAGUCAAAGGGUCUGAUGGUUCGUCUUCACGUAGACCAGCAACAAGGAAGAGUUCUAGGGUUUUUUGACAUUGGCAUAGUUGAAGGCUUCUUCUGUUUGGAUGAUGAAAUCAAAGACCUCGCACACAAUGAUUCAAUGGGUUUCAAAUGGCAUGGAAAGGGAACAUUCUCCGGGUCCUCCGAGAAAGGUACUGGUACGAUAACCAUUCGAGCACGAGGGGGAAGAACAGUAGAAGGUAUCUUUUGUGGUAUGCCUGAUAAGAAUGAUGGUGAGAUUGAUUUCCGCGGUACAAAGCGAGUUCUGCCAUUGGGAAUUUCGGGUCGUGGUGCGGGCUAUUAUCGCGCGCAAUGGGCGGAUUAUACACGUGCUAAGCUGGAUGUUCCACAGCAGAUUGCUCACAAAGGACGAUGGGGAGUCAGGCAAGAGCUUGCUAAGAGAGUGAGCUGGAAUCGUUCUGCCGAAUCUGCUAAAGAGACUGGAGCACCAAAGAAAGGCUCUGGAUGAGGAACGGUUUAUGGUAGUCUUAUACUAUUGUUACGAAUCAUACAUCCGAGGGGAUAUGUUAGCAUCAGUGAGAUUUUUAGAUCUUCGUAUGCCUAGAUAGAUGCAUUAGAUUAAAGUAUUAGAUGAGAAACGUCGGUCCGAAUUAUCUAUGUAUAUUGUGUUUAUUGUUCA